AUUAAUAAUCAAAUUUCUCGGCAAAUCUUAACUAUGCGAGCAGUUUGUAGAAAUUAAAGAUGUAACACAAUAUGUGCUAAAAUCUGAACUAUCAGCCAAAACUCGUAUAAAGACCAUUCUUGCCCAUCUGUCAAACCUGCUGGCAAUUCGCUGAAACUUGUGAACAAUGUUUUUUAAAGUUUCUAUAGAAUUUGUACAAAAGCUAUGAUAAUCUGUCAAGAUUUCGGUAGGGCUUAUGGCAAGGCAGGUCUUCAUUCGUCCAUUAAUUUUUUUUUGAUCCGUUAUGACUUGCGGCCAAGUUCUAACCUGCGAGCACCAAGUGUUGACCCGCAAGCUAUUUUUACAUUACUUAUUUAAAUGAUAUUUAAAAUAGUGGUACUUUAACUAUAUUACAAGAGCCAGUUAGCUUUCGACAUGUGCGUUUCUUGGUAUUUGAAUCAAAUUUAAGGGUAUUUAAGAGUUUUAGCUAUUAGUAACUUAUGACACUUCACCAACAUGUCUUUAAUUGUGUGUAUUAUAACUAAACACUCACCAGGUGUCUUUUAUUAGUGUUUUAUCACUAAACAUUCACCACAUAUCUUUCCCUUUCUAUGUGCUGCUAAAACUUUUUCAUUUGUUGGCUUAAUUCCAGUGGUCUUCUCUGGUGAGUGAUGAAGAUAAGUGAAUGGUAAGUCUGCUCGUGGGAGAAUGUGGGCCAACGAUAGAAGACGUCUCUUUUCCUUCUCUGUUCUCUCGGUCUUCCAACUCUAUUUUCUAAAUUGUUCUUAUUUCGAAUUCAGGGCAAUCCGUUUAUUUGAUUCUGAUGAUACAAGUUCUUCUAUAUUUUGAUAUCUGCAUAAUCUUUAGUUCACCCAUGAUUAAAAAGUGAGGUUGCAAAUAAUAUACAAUUCUUAAGUAUAUGCAUCCAAUAAAUUCCAUUAGGGAAGAGAAUGAAAUUAUUUCAGAAGCCAACUUGCUUUUUCAGUCUUUCUUUGGUUAAAAUCCUAAUUAAUUUUGUCCUUGGUUAUUUUUUAUGCUGAAUUAAAACUUGUGAAAUCAUUUCAUAGUUUGUGUGUAGUAUCAAUAAUUAGCAGCGGAUCGUCGUUGCUCCACAGCAGAGACAAUAGGGAUUGCCGAAAACAAGUAUAAUUACUUGGGUAAGCAAAUGUGUUUGUUAGUAAUAUUAUGCAAGGAUUGCCGAAAACAAGUUUAAUUACUUGGUGAUGCCGGUGAAGAGGAAAGCUACGGCGGCCCAAAAGGGCAAGACAGUGGCUGGAAGAAGAGUUGAACAGGGGCCACCGGCGGAAGUAGAAGAAGGCGAAUCUCAAAACGAGGCUCCUCCCCAGAUUUCUCCUGCUUCCCCUGUAUCAGCAAAGCAGGAGAGAGCUCCAGCUCUAGCCCAACACCUCCAGUUCCACCGCCAGCAGCUUCGGGCCAGCAGAUAACAGAGGCUAUUCAGUUGCUGACCCAGUUAGUUGCCGCACAAGCUCAGCGGCAAGAUGCAGACCAGGGAGACAGGGCAGUGAGUGCAAGAGCCCGUGAUUUUAUCACCCUGAAACCUCCGGAGUUUUAUGGAUCGAAACCAGAGGAAGACCGGCAAAGUUUUAUAGACGAGAUGCUGAGGACACUGAGGAUAAUACAUGCAUUAGAUACAGAGUCAGUAGAGUUGGCUUCAUAUAGAUUGCGGGAUGUAGCGGUCCAGUGGUAUAAUAAUUGGAUAUCUUCAAGGGGAGCAAAUGCACCUCCCCCGGUUUGGCAAGAGUUCACAGAAGCAUUCCUGCGACAUUAUUUACCACCGGAGAUUCGACGGGCUCGAGCUGAUAUGUUUUUGAAUCUCAAACAGGGAAAUAUGAGCGUCCGUGAAUAUAGUCUCCGUUUUAAUUCUUUAGCCAGGUAUGCUCCAGCCAUGGUGGCUGAUAUGGGAGAUCAUGUACAUCGGUUCGUGAGUGGGUUGGGGCCACAUUUAAUUAAGGACUUCUUGAUGGCUUCACUCCAGGAUGGAAUGACUAUUGCUCGUAUUCAGGCCCACGCCCAAAACCUGGAGGAACAACACCAGCUACAGAGAGGUGAGCGUUAUUCGGAUAGGGGUUCCAGGAAAAGGGCCAGACCUUUCGAGACUAGAAAUGAGUAUAGAGAGGGACAAGCACAGCAGCAAUCCAGGCAUUCAGGCCAACCAGCGGCUAGCGCAGCUCCUCGAUUUGCGAGUGGGAGAUUUGAUCGCCCUACCUAUUCAGGACCAGAUCAGAGUGCCAGAGCUUCAGGGUCCCAGUAUAGAGCUGAUUUUAACAAGACGGGGCAACCCCCACUACGAUGUGCUCGGUGUGGCAGGCCACACUCUGGACAGUGUUACCUAGAUACAGGUGCAUGUUUUGCCUGUGGUCGGACUGACCAUUUGAUGCGUGAUUACCCACUAAGGAAUGAGGGAGACAGAGCUCAGCCCGCCGGCUUGGAAAUUGGUUCGUCAUCGACCGUGCGCCCUCCUGGACAGACCUCCCAGGCUCCAGCAAGCCGUGGCCGAGGCAGAGGAGGGGCACCCAGUUCAGCCGGUCCUCCACACCGUAUAUAUGCAUUGGCAGGACGGCAGGAUCCUGAACCUUCCCCAGACGCGGCUACAGGUACAGACGCACCAGGUGAUACGCCGCCCGCGUAGGUUUCCGACUCUGCUUUUUGAAGAGCUCCUUUGACCCGGAGCAUAUCUUUUGGUAUAUAUUUUCUGUCUUCUGUGUACUCCGUAUGUGUGUAUAUUCUGGGUACGGCGGGGCCCUGUCCCGCCAUAUGAUUUUGUAUGUCUGUAGAGGCCUGUAGAUAGAUGUGUGGGUUACGGGUUUCGUCUGUAUGUUAGCCUUAUCGGCUUACUUGUAAAUGUCUGUAUGUUCAGGUAUAUAUGUAUAUAUACGUAUGGUUGCGCGCGUGCCGUAUUUGUA